GUCCUUUUGUUUCCACUCGCACUCUAGAGGCUCCACCGGCCUUUGUUCAAGCCUCCAGUCAGCGAAGGUGGACCCAAGCCAACUUUACAUUAUCAGCCUCUCUUGGAAUCCUCCAUUACAACCCAAUGGGAAAAUCACUCAAUACAUGUUGUUACGUGAUCAUGUGGAACUCUUCCGAGGUCUUGACAUGAACUUCACUGACGACAGGAAUGUCCUGCCAUACAGAACUUACAGCUACACUCUGUCUGUCUGUAACAGUGCAGGCUGCACUGAGAGCAGCACAGUGACAGUGGCCACCGCUCAGGGCAUCCCUGAGGAUAUUUUGGCGCCAGUUGUAGCAGUAGUAAAUGCCACCAGCAUAAGUGUUACAGUGCAGUCACCAGGUCAACCAAAUGGACAGGUGCAACUAUAUACAGUGUUGGUAUCUAACCUCACUCAAACAUACAGUAUGUCCUCUCCACAGACUGUGCUGAUCACAGGUUUGAAGCCUUUCACCUCCUAUAAUGUCAUGGUGAAAGUUUGUACCCAGGCAGGCUGUGCUGACAGUCCUACCGUCAUGGUUACCACUGCAGAAGCAGCCCCCGAAGGAGUGACGGAGCCAAAGGUCAUAAUAAUCAGCAGUAUGUUGGUGAAGCUGUUCUGGCGGCCACCCACCGUCAUGAAUGGGCAGUUGUCUGGAUACCGCUUGCUGCUGCUCGAUGCAGGUAUAGAGACAGAAGCCUAUUCUGGUAUGGAUCUCAACACUACUGUUGCCAACCUCAUUCCUGGCCACACCUAUGGCUUUGUGGUGGAGGCGAGUACAAGAGGGGGGAGCACUCGCAGUGCACAGACAGAUGCUACUCUACCUACCAGCACCCCAGGUUCAGUGCCUCCCCCUCACAUCGUGUCUGUGCUUAGUUCUUCUCAGAUCUUCAUCGCCUGGUUUGCCCUCACACCCAGCGAAGGCACAAUAGACCAGUAUAGGGUACUGCUGAACAUUGGCCAGGAGACAGAAAUACAGAAGAGCGUGGGCAUUGCACUGAGCACUGUUAUUUCAGGCCUCAAGCCAUACACUAUGUAUGAGGUCCGUCUUCAGGCGUGCUUACAGAUGGUGCCUGAUGGGUGUAGCACUAGCGAAGGUGUGUUCAACCGUACAUUCGAGGCGCCACCCUCUGGACAGCCAGCACCUCUGUUGACAGCUUUGGACAUCAAACACUGUCCAGAUAAACUGGCAGGAACCAGCUGAACCAAAUGGGAUCAUUACAAAUUACCGCAUUUUCUGGCGAGCAAAUGGACAGCAAGAUAGUGAAACCCUCGUUAACCAGGUAUCUGGAAAUGUUUUUAGUCUUGUACACUCGGGACAAGAGCUCCAGCCAUACACCUUAUAUCAGUAUGGUAUCAUGGCAGUUAACUCGCAGGGGCAGACGCAAGUAGCCUACUCUACUGUCAGAACUCUAGAAGCGCCACCUGUAGGAAUGUCGGCACCGCUGGUAAGCUCGACUGGAGCCUACGGAAUUUUUUUGGCUUGGACUCCCCCAAAGACAACCGAAUGGUAUCAUAUCUUCGUAUAACAUUUAUGCAAGAAGGACGAGUGACCCCAACAGCAUCAGCAU